UAUACUCCAGGUAAUGAAUGUACAUUUAACUAUGGUAAUUUCCUACUAAUAAAGAUUAUCCCUCAAAAAGGCUGUUGUCAUGAACAGUUAUUUUUCUCAUUGUGAUUUAUAACAAGUUUGUUUUUUUACAGAUGGGUUUUGGUGGAGACCUGGUAGCAUUAUGGGAGGUGCCUCUCAGUGAUGGCAUCCAUAAAGUGGGUUUUGAACAUGGCACUACCACAGGUCGCAGAGUCUUGUGGGUUGAUGGUCAGGAGAGGAUACGUCAUGAUUGGAUGUUUAAAUUAGUUGGAUCUGAAGUGUUUGAAAUAGGCGAUACAAAAUGUGUCAUCAAAAUCGAACCUAUUGGCGGUUUUUCCUAUGAAUACUCCCUUGAGGUAAAUGGUAAAAGCUACAAAAAAUUUACGGAGAAUCAGAGUAAAAUACUAAAGACGUGGUUCUUCCCGCUAGACGGCUCCUACGUGCGUGUGGUGCUUGAGAAAGGCACACUCGAUGUUUGGGUCAAUGGCAGAAAGUUAGAUACUGCAGGUGAAUUUGUGGAUGAUGGCACCGAGACACACUUUGACCUAUGUGGUCAUCCAUCUUACAUCAAGGCAGUGAGUAGUGGGAACCGCAGAGAAGGCAUCAUUCACUCCCUUGUUGUAGACAACACAGAGAUUGCAGAGUCAUUGGAGUGAUGGAAGUUACAUUCAAAAUAUAGUAAUGUUAAAAACACUUGAGCUGGAGACAGGAUGAUCUUCAUGGCUGAUUGACUGUUAUCAUCUGUUGAAAACAGGAGUUACUGUCCUGUACAGAAAGAAUAAUAAGGCACAAUAUUGUGACUGGAACAAUGCAUAAAUAACCUGCACACAGAUGUUUUGGUCUGACUUGGACCAUUGACUUGUCACACACUAUAUGUGGGUUAUUUGUGUUCUGUACUGUACCUUCAAUUACAGCACUUGCCAUAUAGGCUCACUUUCUAGUCUUAGAUGAAAAUUAUCAAAAAAAAACAAAAACACCAUAUAUAGUAAUGAAUAUUAACCAAUUAACUGGAGGCUGUGCCUGUGGAGGUAGAAUCUUUAAACAUUGCCAGAAUAUAUGCUGUACUGUCACAUCAUAUAAAAUGACAAAGAUGUGCAACAAAAAAAAAAUCAAUGUUAAAGAUAGAAUUUGAUAUCAAGUGAGCAGGUGUUUGUCAUUCUUUGAACAGGAAGAGCCUCCAGAUGAUACAUGCCAUAUUUCUUCAUGCAUUUAAAUUUACAUUUUGAAAGGUAUUGUUUGUUCAAAUUGGUUCCUCGUCUGAAUAAUAUAUUCUCUAGAAGAUAUGCAGCUAUUGAUACUGUACUGAGCAAUAUGUGCAUUUGUUGAUCUAUGCCCUAACUGGGUGUGCAGAUAAGGCUUUCAUAGGUUAAAUUGGCCCUUGUGGGUUUAGCAUUUAGUUUUCAUUAUAAUAAUAAUAAUAGGCUAGAUUAUCAUUGCUGACAACUGCAUGAAUUCAUAGGUAGAAAUGACAGAUAAUACCCUAACAAAUCUGUGUUUACACAAGUUCACCAUUACUAUUAAUUACAAAAUAAGCAUUAAACCCCUCAUGGGUCCUGCAGUGUGAUGUGUAAGGGUAGUUGUUAGUGGUGUUGGGGUUAGUACAAGUGGAAAAUUAAUGUCAGAAUUGCUGCAAUACGUUAGUUUCUAUAUAAGACACAUGCAGCACCAGCAUAACUUUAUUGAUGAGAUAUUUGUCAACAUAGCAGACCUUUCAAAUUUCAGAGGCGAUUUUUUUAAUACUGAAAACAGUGGAUAGGUAAUUUUAACCUUUACCUAUCAAUUUUAAGUCUUGUUACAGAGGAUAUCUUCUAUAACUUUAUUAUAAACCUCUGACCUAACUUUUCAGCACGACCAACUUCCAUUUAUAGGUCCUGCCCACUUAUCUUUAAUUACUUCACCUCUUCUCUAGCUCCAGUAUACACACCUACCAAGGUUAAGGGACUGAAUACCUUAUAUCAAAAUUAUCUCUCCACUUCCAUUUCCAGUAGUAUAAAAGCUGCCUCUGCAUUAGAUUGAAAAAGCCUGCUGCCCAGGUGAAAUAUCUUGACAAUUAGAUAUCCAGGUGUUCCAGAUGCAUCUUAUUUAUCAAACAUUGGUAUUGUAUACCAUUAAUGCAAGGUCAGAUUUUGUUAAAAAGUCAAAGAUUGAGUCUACAGUAUGUUGGUGAGGUUGGCAAUUGUGCCAUGUCAUCACAGAAAUCGAAAACCACACGAGUUCACCCAUUAAAGAGUAUCCAUACGUCAUGAGAUUAUCAUUUAAAUGGCAACAGCAAUUUAAUUUAGGCUUAGUUUACUCCAGUAAUUUUAGUAGUGAAAUCAAACGCUACACUGUCAUUAUAACCUAAGUAGCCAUUGGUGGGAGAUUCAUCUGUAAAUAUGUACUUGCAUUUGUGGUCACAGUGGGUUCCAUGCUAACCUCCCUAUGAUGUAUAAAUAUACCUAAUUGGACAAAUCUUAUUGUAGCCAGCUGGCCCAGUGGCUUACGCACUGGCCUGGAGUUUUACAACUCUCUCACCGAGGGUUCAAACCCCGCCCAUUCCGUGGUUUGUUUGCAAUCUCAUUAUUAUGAUUCUGUGAGUCAUUCCUUGUGUUCUAAUUAUUACACAAAUGAACAGGCCGUUUUAUGAUUUAUGGGUCAAUUUACGUGUUUCUGUGAUGCUAGUGUUGACUACUUGAAUUAUAUAGUUACUGAUUAGUGCUGGUGCAACCUGAAUAGUAAAUAUUGUACUGUAUUCUUAUCAGAAAAGUGUCUGUUCAGUUUUAUAUACAUAUUUGGCAUAUUUCUUGACUUUUAUUUCAAGCAUUAUGACUAUUAUUCAUUUCAACAUUUCUCACAUCAGAAUACAGUACAUCCUAUGUAUGUCUAUAAACAAUUUUACUAUUGACUGUUAAGUUUGUAUAGUCAAUUUUUUUUUAGUUUGUACACAAGGCUGACAAAUUGCAAAGUACAAUAAUUAAUUUGGUAGCUUAACAAUAAUGUCCAUAUAAGUGCUUAACUCUAAGGACAUAAGACACUAUGUGGGAAAGAUACAAUAAUGUUAAAAGUGAGUGAAGGGGUAAGAGACAGUGCAAGAGUAAUAUUUCAAUCAAAAUUGGUGCAACAGGUUAGUUUCUGUUAGAGUUGAGGAGGUUAGGUUGGGUAAAGUUUGUCAGGAAACAGGACAAAUGUUUCCUGACGUGGGUCUUAAGUCAUAUGCUGACCCACAGCUGGAGCUUUUGGUCAUCUGACAGAGGCCUUCCACUGACUUACCAGUCCACCACUCUAAAACUUACAGUUUUGAUUAUAACUGAGGAGAGUGCAUCAAAGGCAAGACUUUUAGCAAAGAGAUGAUAACUGAACAGCAGUAUAAAGCUCUGUAAAAUACACUUGAACUGAAUUGUGAAAUUAACAUAAGAUAUUGUACAUGCAUUUUCUAUUUUAAUUAAACUUAUUUCCAAGAGAAAGGCUCGUAAACUUGUCGCUACAAUACUUGUAAAAAAUGUGCAGGUUAAUUGUUUUCAGAACUAUUGUUCUAGUGUUUAUGUUUUAAACAUAGUUUAAUGUAUUUUAUAUAAAUAUGUGUAAUAUUUUGUUUGCAAGUGCUAUGUAUUUUGAAUAAAAAGUAUAUGCAACA